GCUGUGGAGGAAAGCAGUUUCAGAACAAUCAGUGAUGAUAGCUACUGUGAAUCCACUAUUCAACAGGCGCCCCAUCGCUUGCUCAUGGGCUCCUCACCAUAGCUCUAAGCCACAGGAGCUAUUUUCAUACCCCAUAUAGGUCCAUCCUGUAACACAGCCAGGACAGAGACGAGAGACUCAGGCCUCCUGACUUUGAUUCUGCUCUUUCACCUCGUUGUUCAUCCAAUUAGAGAAACUGGCAAAAAGGAAACUGAAAGUGACAGCUGGAGCCCAUGAUUUCCUGGAAGAGCCCUAGAGCUUUGCUUUUUCUCUCCUGCAGCACUUAACCGAAACCAGUUUUGCAAUCAAUUCCUGUUCAAAAGCCACCCUACUCUUCCUAUCCGUCUUUCUCCAGCCCAGACACUCACAGCCUCCUGCCGGACCAGGGGACCUCGGAGAGGCAAGGACAGAGGUUCAGGAUCUUCCUCUCCCUCGGGACCCAAGGCCACAGAGGAGAGCUCCGUGGAGAGAAGAAAAUCAUUUGACUUCUGGGGACACAGAUUUGCUGCCACAGAGCCUGAUGGACAACCAGGCGGAGAGAGAAAGUGAGGCUGGUGUUGGUUUGCAAAGGGAUGAGGAUGACGCUCCUCUGUGUGAAGACGUGGAGCUACAAGACGGAGAUCUGUCCCCCGAAGAAAAAAUAUUUUUGAGAGAAUUUCCCAGAUUGAAAGAAGAUCUGAAAGGGAACAUUGACAAGCUCCGUGCCCUCGCAGACGAUAUUGACAAAACCCACAAGAAAUUCACCAAGGCUAACAUGGUGGCCACCUCUACUGCUGUCAUCUCUGGAGUGAUGAGCCUCCUGGGUUUAGCCCUUGCCCCAGCAACAGGAGGAGGAAGCCUGCUGCUCUCCACCGCUGGUCAAGGUUUGGCAACAGCAGCUGGGGUCACCAGCAUCGUGAGUGGUACGUUGGAACGCUCCAAAAAUAAAGAAGCCCAAGCACGGGUGGAAGACAUACUGGCCACCUACAACCAAGAGGACAGGGAGGAUGAGGAAGAGAAGGCAGACUAUGUCACAGCUGCUGGAAAGAUUAUCUAUAAUCUUAGAAACAACUUGAAGUAUGCCAAGAAAAACAUCCGUGCAUUUUGGAAACUCAGAGCCAACCCACGCUUGGCCAAUGCUACCAAGCGUCUUCUGACCACUGGCCAAGUCUCCUCCCGGAGCCGCAUGCAGGUGCAAAAGACCUUUGCGGGAACAACACUGGCGAUGACCAAAAAUGCUCGCGUGCUGGGAGGUGUGAUGUCCGCCUUCUCCCUUGGCUAUGACUUGGCCACUCUCUCAAAGGAAUGGAAGCACCUGAAGGAAGGAGCAAGGACAAAGUUUGCGGAAGAGUUGAGAGCCAAGGCCUUGGAGCUGGAGAGGAAACUCACAGAACUCACCCAGCUCUACAAGAGCUUGCAGCAGAAAGUGCGGUCAAGGGCCAGAGGGGUGGGGAAGGAUUUAACUGGAACCUGUGAAACCGAGGCUUACUGGAAGGAGUUAAGGGAGCAUGUGUGGAUGUGGUUGUGGCUGUGUGUGUGUCUGUGUGUCUGUGUGUAUGUACAGUUUACAUGAAUGUUCCUCAGGACAUGGCAUACAAUGGCCUUGGAGGUCCAAAUAAUAUCAAGUACAUCUUGGAGAUGAGGGUGCCUGUCCUGGACAGACCUGGGCAUGCCUUCUGUUUCUCCUUCAAUGCUCCUUAAGGCCUAUGUGCUGGGAAAAGGGUCUUCUCUGUUUGUUUGUUUGUUUGUUUGUUUGUUUGUUUGUUUGUUUUGAGAUAGGGUCUCUGUUGCCCAGGCUGGAGUGCAGUGGUGUAAUCUCGCCUCACUGCAACCUCUGCCUCCUGAGUGCAACCAAGUCUCCUGCCUCAGCCUCCCAAGUAGCUGGGAUUACAGGCACGCACCACCACGCCCAGCUAAUUUUGGUAUUUUUAGUAGAGACAGGGUUUCACCAUUUUGGCCAGGCUGGUCUCGAAUUCCUGACCUCAAGUGAUCCACCCACCUUGGCCUCCCAAAGUGCUGGGAUUACAAGCGUGAGCUACCCUGCCCAGCCGGGUCUUCCCAGUUUUAACAAAGAGGUCACUGAGCCACAGGGGGAGUUAGGAACUAAAUUGUCUCCUCCUCCAAAUUCAUAUGUUGAAGUCCUAAACCAAAAUGUGGCUGUAUUUAGAGAUGGACCCUUUGGGAGGUAAUUAGGGUUGAAUGAGGCCAUAGGGUGAGGUCCUAACCCGAUGGAAUUGACUUCUUUAUAAGAGGAGGAGGAAAUACAAGAGGGCCUCCCCACCCCUGCUGCACACCUGCACUGAAGGAAGGCUAUUUGCAGACGCAGCAAGAAGGCAGCCAUCUGCAAGGCAGAAGAAGAGAGCCCUCACCAGGAACUGAAUAAGUCAGUCAGUCUGGGACUUCCAGCCUUUAGAACUGUGAAACAAUAAAUUUCUGUGGUGUAAGCAACUCAAUCUAUAGUAGUUUGUUACUGUUUUGUUAUAGCAACCAAAGAUGACUAAGCCAGACAGGUUAUGUCACUCGCCAAGUGUCUUAGUCUGUUUGUGCUGCUAUAACAAAAUACCUUAGACUGGGUAAUUUACAAACAACAGAGAUGUAUCCAGAGAUCCACAGUUCUGGAGGCUGGGAAGUCUAAAAUCAAGGCACCAGCAGAUUCCACAUCUCGUGAAGGCUCACUCUCUGCUUCACAGAUGGCACUGUCUUGCUGUGUUCUCACAUGGCAGAAGGGGCAAACAAGCCCCCCUGGGCCUCUUUUAUAAAGGCACUAACUCUAUGCCUAAAGGCAGGGCCUUCAUGACUCUAUCACCUACCAAAAGGCUCCACUUCUUUAUACAAUUGGAGGGGUAGAAGGAACUUCCUUUCUAGACCUUGAAGGUUUAAGAAUUUGAAUCUAUAAAACAAGCUGACAAUAGACAGAUUAACAGGAGAAAAAGCAUAUACAUUUUUUAAUGUGGGCCAGAUGGCAGAAGCUUAAAUAGCACCCCAAGCUACAGGAAGUGAGGCCUCUCAUGGGGAGGUAGUGACACAGGCUGUGGGAGGGGGUAGGGGGAGGAAGUGUGUGGUGAGCAAAGUUUGCCUUAUUACACUGAUAAAGUGUAAUUACACUAAUGAAGGUGAAUCACCUGAGAUUAGGAGUUUGAGAACAGCCUGGCCAACAUGGCAAAACCCUGUCUGUACUAUAAAUACAAAAAUUAGCCAGGUGUAGUGGCAGGGCACUUGUAAUCCCAUCUACUCGGGAGGCUGAGGCAGGAGAAUCGCUUGAACCCAGGCUGUAAAGGUUGCAGUGAGCCAAGAUCGUGCCGCUGCACUCCAGUCUGGGUGACAGAAUGAGACCCCGUCUCAAAAAAAAAAAGAAGAAUACAGUCAUGUAUCUCUUGGUGACAGGGAUGCAUUCUGAUAAAUGUGUCAUUAGGCAAUUGCAUUGUGGUGUGAUUAUCACAGAGUGUACUUAUACAAAACUUAGAUGGCAUAGCCUACUGCAUACCUAGGCUAUAUGGGAGACCCUAUUGCUCCCAGGCUACGCACCUGUACAGCAUGUGACUACUGAAUACUACAGGCAAUUGCAGCACAAUGGGAAAUAUUUGUGUAUCUAAACAUAUGUAAACAGAGAAAAAGGAAAGUAAAAAUGUGGCAUAAAAGAUAAGAAUUGGCUCUCCUGUACAGGGCACUUACUAUGAAUGGAGCUUGCAGGGCUGAGAGUUGCUCCAGAUGAGUCAGCGAGCGGUGAAUGAAUGUGAAGGCCUAGGGCAUUACUGUAUACUACUGUAGGCUUUAUAAACACAGCACACUUAGGGUACACAAAAUGCAUAUUAAAACAUUUUCUUCCUUCAGUAUAUUAGGCAAUAGGAAUUUUUCAAGUCCACUAUAAUCUUAUCAAACCAUGGUUGUAUAUGCAGUUGACGAAACAUUGUUAUUGGACACAUAACUAUAGUUGAAAGAAUAAGCAAAAAGUCUAUCUAGGUGUGCUGUCUUGAGCAACUUUUAAUUAUUCUCCUGUCCUGCAAUAUGAGUUAAUCUUCUCUGAUCGAUGUAGAUUCCAGGAAGGGGUGUCCAGGACAAUUGCCUUCCUUCUGGAGAAACUUCCCUUAAUCAAAUAAGAGAACUUCAAAGAAAAUCCCUCCCUGUGCUUUGGAAGGGAAGGGAAGUGGGCAGCAGUGGGUCAGAGACAGACCUUUGUUCUCUUAUUUCUGAGGCCCUUCAGUCUCCUUUAUUCAAAGCACUCAGCAUGCCAAAGCACCCUAUUUUAGGGUAUCUUUUUCUGAGCCCUAAACACUGAGUUGGGGAUGUCAACUGUGAAAGGAAAAUAUCUUGGGGCCCCAGAAUCACUAAGGAAAACUCAACCUUAGGGAAACUUCUUAGGGGAAACCCACCUCCUACUCUGUUCAAAGUUAUCUCUCUGCUCACUGAGAUAGAUACACAUCUGAUUGCCUCCUUUGGAAAGCCUAAUCAGAAACUCAAAAGAAUGCAACCGUUUGUGUCUCACCUAUCUGUGACCUGGAAGCUCCCUCCCCACUGAACCAAUGUUCUUCUUACAUAUAUUGAUUAAUGUCUUAUGUCUCCCUAAAAUGUGUAAAACCAAGGUAUGCCCCGACCAUCUUGGCCACAUGUCAUCAGGACUUCCUGAGUCUGUGUCACAGGUGUGUCCUCAACCUUGGCAAAAUAAACUUUCUAAAUUAACUGAGACCUGUCUUGGAUUUUCUGGGUUCACAUUUUGGAAACCACGAAUGGAUUCUGGGUGGAGAUGCCCCUGACCCUUGACAAAUCUAUCGGUGCUUGGUACCAGCAUGAGCUAACUUUAUGGCUCAAACCAAUAGGACAAUUUGCUGAGGUCUGAGAGGACUCCCUCCAGAAAAUCCCUGAUCUCUUAAAAUUUGGUAGAGAUCGGAAGUUUAUUUUGCUGUACAACACCUCUUUUUCUGGAGUUUUACUUGCUCCCAACAAGGAAGGCAAGUUUUCCUGCUUUCAUGAUGAUGGAAGGCAGGUGAUGUUUUUAUGGAGUUUCAGCUCUCUUCCAAUGCACUUAGAGCACUCAGAAACUGUAUAAUUUGUGUGACCAUUGUUAGUUUUGCUUAACUGUUUUGUUGUUUGUUUCUGUCUUAGUCAAAUCUGAAGGGGAACCCUAAAUUACGCGGUCAAGGACUCUGAAGUGGUAGGAAAACAGCCAGCUUAAAAAAAAUUUUUUUAAUUUUAAUUACUAUAGGGGCUUUAUUUACAUAACACAGCCAGCUUUUUGCUAGCCAGACCAAACUGAAAGAGCAAUGGCUGUACUUCUGAAAUAGCAACAUUUUGUCCUAGCUGAGAUUUGGUAAUAAGAUUCUUUUUUAAAAGUUUUUAAAGAAGCUCAGUGGUUGAAAGUCUGCUUAACUGAAACAGUAACAUCCAUGAUGUGUGUUUUAUGCAUGUUUGUAUUUGAAAGGCCUUCAUGUUUUUGUUUCUUGUUUGUUUUUCUCUCCUAAGACCUUGUCUUUUUUUUGUAGCAAAAGUUUUUUUUUUUUUCCUUUUACUUCUCAGUUGACUGAAUUCUGUUUUCACCGGAUUUUUUGACUAAAAUAGCUAUUGCAACAGAGGCUACUCUUGGGUUAAGGAAGAAUGUAGUUUGGUUUUAUGUUUAAUAUCGCUCAAAGAAAAAUAAAAGCAUCUCCCUCUAACACCACCAGACUUUUUCUCUCUGUACCUUAUCAUGUAAAUUUUGCUAUUUGAUUUUCACCUAGGUUGUUUCCUUUAAUGUGCAAAAAUUUAAGGCUAUUUAGCUGACAACUGCCUAGGUUUGUAAAACAGGUUAUCAAGAAUCUGAAAGUCUAAGAUAGGAAAAAAAAGGGGGGGGCAUUAUAAAUCUAUAAAAUGUACUUCUAUUGGCAUGCCUAAUACAUCUUUAUAUGUAUGUAUGUGUUGUGUACACGAUGUUUUAGUGCUAAAAAUAUAUAAAAGAGCUCUACUUGGCUUAAAGAAAAAUAAAAGUGUUUAAAUCAGAUACUAAAAAAGAAAAGGCUAGUCAAAUGCUUUUUCAAAUUUAUGUAACUUAAGUAAAAUCUUUAAUAAAUAAAGUAGCUUUAAAAUUAUUGGUAAAGUAGUAUUAGAAAUGUCUUAAGAAUUGCCAGCAUACAUUUUUGUUUGCAUUAUAUUAAUCAAACAGUUUUAUACUUAUCCCUGCCAAAUACCAUAAGGUGUCAAAAUUUGGCAUGGGGUUAUAAAACUAUAAACCCAGCCCAAAACAGAAUGAUCUUUGCUUGUGUAAUUUUUAAUAAAUAAGACAUUGAUAUGGGUUUAAUGAAAACAGCUGCAUCUUGAAUUUAGUAAGAUUACCAUAACUUCUAAUCCUGUGGCUUUAGGCAGUUUAGUCCACAGACAAUAAGGAGGUUUGUUUUGGGAAAGGACUGUUAUUGUCAUUGUUUCGAAGCUGAACUUAAACUGGGUUCCUCCCAGAGUUCAUUCGGCCUAUGCCCAGGAAUGAACAAGGACAGCUUGGAAGUUAAGAGCAAGGUGGAGUCAGUUACGUCAAAUCGUUUUUCACUGUCUCAGUUGUAAUUUUGCAAUGGAAGUUUCAUAACUUUAAAUCAUGACUAUCACAGUUUUUAUAAAUCAUCUAGGUAAACAAUAAAAUAACUAGGUAAAUGUAAUGGGAUAAAUACUUAUAGACCAACUGGACAUAAUUUAGAAUAUAAAGUCAUAUUAAAUUAAAUAAUAGAUAAUUUAUUAUUUGGGUAUUUUCCAAUAAAUAUAUCUUGUAGGAAAACAUUGUUGCUUAAAAAAAAGUGUGUCCUUUUUUUAAAAAAUGGUGAACAAGUUUUGUCUAAUUCAAAGCUUAUUAAAAGGUUAUAUAUAAAACAAGGUAAAAGGAACCAGAAAAGAAAAAAAUAUGUAAAUAAAGUUAUAAAAAUAAAGAAUUUUUUCAAGGUUAAAAAGCUUAAAAAGAAAUAAUUUUAUAUAAGAAAGAAUCUUAUAUGGUAAAUUUAGUCCUAAAAUAAAAUAACUGGUUGUUUAACAAGGAGGGAUGUUCAGGACAAACCAGAAAGUCCAAGCAUGUCAUGAACAUUGGUGUAAGUCAUGAUAAGAUUUUAUAUAUAUAUAUAUACACACACACACCCCAAAAGCUUUUAUAUAAUCAAGUUGUCAUAUUAUUAUUAAGUUUUGGUUUGCUUAGGGAAGAAAAAGCUAAUUUUUUAAAAAUCAAGGUUAUUACAUCCAUAUAUCUUCCUGUAUAUGCUUUUAAAGUCCUUGUAACAUUGAGUUACAGGGCUUUAACUCCUGUGUCUGAAAAAUCACAAACACUGAUGACAAUCAAAGCCUCAUCUUAAGGCCCCGUAGAAGAUGCCAAUCAAAAUAAACUGCAUUCCUGAGGCACUAGGCAAGAAAUUAAAGCUAUUCAACUCCUCAAGGCCCAGGGACUAUUGCGGAAGAGGUGGGCGCGCGUAAGAUUGUAAGGGCCGAUUUUGAAAGAUCCAGUAAGUUCAGUUUCUCUAUGAACUAAUCAUUAAAGUCAAAGGCACACUGAUGCAAAAUCAGUAUAUGGACCCCUGUGUCUGAUUAGCAAGGUUUUCUUGAAGCAUUAACCAACUCCUUCAUAAAGGUUAUAAAAGGCUUAUGGAAGUUAUAUUUUAUAAUCAAGAUUAAAUCUUAUAGUUUGUUUACAAAAUUUCGAAAAUCAAAUGUGAUUGGCUUCAUGCUGUUUUUAUUAGGGCUUCUUGUUUAGAAAGUUAAGUCACCUCUCUCAAAGAAUGAAGGUUUUUGCUUUUUUUGAAAUCCUUAAAUUAUCACUUGGAUUAUUAUUUGACUUUACGAUGACCUGUAAUUUUAUUUUGUAAUAUCAAGUGUUUUAAACCUUUUGUAUUUGACAAGCUUUCCAAAAUCAAAUUAUAAAUUAUGUAUUUUUCUAACCUAAUUAAUCCUUUAAGAUAUUAGUUUCCCUAAAGUCCUAAAAUGACAUAAUUUGGCUUAUUUGGUAUAAAAAUUAUACAGGAAGCAUUGUCAAAUGUGAAAUGGUGUUUGGUUUUCUUUGGGCUGUAUUUGUAUAAAUAUGUUAUUGGUGUAUGUUCCGAAAUUAUGUGAAACUCCUAUAAUUCUAAUAUAACUUAGUGUACAUUAUCAAUAAUAAUCAUAAUUGUUAUAUUAAAAUUAUUGUGUGCCACUGAGGUAACAAA